GGUAAACCUGAGCCAAGCAUCAGAUGGUUCAGAGAGGGGAAAGAACUCACAGAUCAAGCUGAUUUUGAGAUUACCUACCGACAAGGGCGAGUAACUCUAACUAUACCUGAAGUAUUUGAAGAAGAUGAGGGCCAUUUUACUGCUACAGCUGAGAAUAUUGCUGGUUCUGCUUCUAGUACAGCUGAACUCAUAGUCAGAGGUGAGAACAAUUUGUCUUUCUCCUCCAUGAUACCGCCAUCGUUCACCGAGAAACUGAGCAGACAUGAAGCCUCAGAAGGUCAGCCUGUUAAACUGACGGUACGAGUAUCUGGACAUCCACCCCCACAAGUCACGUGGAUGCGUGAAGGAUCAAAACUUGUCAGUUCUAGAGAUUUUGAGAUUGUCCAAGAGGGGGACAUCCAUUCUCUCUAUAUACCAGAAGUAUUUUACGAAGAUUCUGGUAAAUACACUGUCAAGGCUGAGAAUCCUGCUGGAGAAGCUCAGUGUAUUGCCCAGUUGGUGGUUGAACGUAAGUGGAAAUUAUUUAAACCUGAACAGCCUCCAGCUCAAAAGAGUGUACCUUAUUUCUCACAGGAGUUAAAUAAUGUGAGAGUAAAGGAGGGAGAAUCUGUCACAUUUGAAAUCAGAGUUCACGGAUAUCCCGAACCAAUCAUUCGCUGGUUUAGAAACGACCAGCCAGUAGAGAGUUCCCCAGAUUAUGAAAUCUCUUACUCUCAGAACCUACACAGAUUAACUAUUAUAGAAGUCUUCCCAGAAGAUGCUGGUAGAUUUAAAUGUGUUGCUUCUAAUGCUCUUGAUUCUAAAACUACUGAGUGUCAUCUCAUAGUCGAAGGUUGGUACUUCUUGUUUUUCGUUAAAUGA